CACAGAGGAAUAAAGGAGCGACGAUCGUCUGUUUUACUGAGAGAUGACAUUAUAAAACCAGUCGAGAAUGAAAAUGCGACCAUUAACCAAAUAAAAACAGAGGGUGGAGAACCAGUGAUCGAAGUCAGUUGUGACGAUACCUACAAAACCGGUCAUCGGAAGAAGAAGAGAAAACAUAGCAGUCGGUCCAAUGCUCCGUCUGCCAGAGAAUCCACUGUAAUGUCACCGGACAUAGGUUCGAUUCUGAGUGGGACCGAUACUGAGACAGCUGUGGCAAUUGGGAUUCCGGACGGGGCGGAUAAGUACGAACUGACGAGGGAUGUGUUUGACAACAAUUUAACGAAGCUGAAAGAAGUAUGGAAAAAAGACAUCGUUCGUCUGAAUCAGUUUGUGGAGGCGUUGGAUGUGCAUGAAACUACUCCUGUCCAUUUGGCAUUCAGAAUGCGACGCAAAGAGUACUUGGCCCUGUUCUUCGACAAAGUUCACUCCUCCUUCUUCGAACGCAACCUCUCUCUUCUGGAUGAGGCCAUCAACUACAAAGACAAGGUGUAUGUGAGAGAGAUGUUCAUGCACCAAUUAGAGUUUGGAUCGAAGAUAGCGAGUAUCUCAUUCGACCUGCUGGCGAGGAUGAUCUACCGCACGAACGACUUCUACAGCACCUUCAAUUGGAACGUGAAGACGUGGGUUCCUCUGGUGUCCAAGCUGCUGCCUCACGAUACCACUAUCAUCUACAAGUACGGACAGUGUGUCAGGAUAGACACACGGUACAGAGUGCUGGGCGUGAAAAUUCCCAAGGUCAACGGACACACCUCCAUCCUCUACAACCCAGAAGUGUUUGAUGACAAGAUGGUGGUGAUCGACAGGGUCAAGAACCUCUACAUGUACCUAACGAAGGCGUCCUUUGAGAAGCACGGGGCACCCACUGAAAAGUGGCUGAAGAAGGAGGUGGAGGCAAUUAUGAAGAAGGGCGAAUUGUCUGCCGAAUUAGACUGGAAAAGCAUCCAGUUCAAGCCAGAGAACAAAAAAGGAAAACAGAAGGAGAAAGUGAUUGGAGGGUACCCUGCCGACCGGUACAAGUGGUCAAAUGUGCGACUAUCUGUGAAGACGCGGAAGACAUACAUAAACGAUCUCUCCAACUUCAACGGCAACUUCGACGAGUACAUGGCGGGUCAACUACCCGAGCAACCGGUCGAACAGCCGAUAGUUAAAGAGUCCGAAAAAGAAUUCAGAGGACGAAUAGCCUUCUCCAAGACUUUCCCGCUCGACUUUCCCGAGCUGUUGUCCCUUAUAGAUGUCGAGGCGCCAAUGAUCAGGAAAAUUUUUACGGAGCUUGCGGAGUAUGACAAAAAUGCGGAUAAAUUACCGGAAGGUUUCCCAGUUUUCCUGGAACUCCCAGUAGCGCCAGGAGCGAAAUUCUACCUUCGCAUCACAGAUUAUGCGCGUGAAUGCCCGGCUUAUGUCGCUCAAGAUGAAAAUUUCUUCGUCAUUCCGAAGGAUGCAAGAAGAAGUUAUCAAUUUGACUGGUACUGA